AUGGUUGUGUGUCGCAGGGAGGUGGUCACGACAGAUGCCAGCUCCAUGGGAUGGGGGGCUGUGUGGCAGCACAGAGCAGUUCGGGGCAGCUGGAGUCACCAGGAUCGCUCCAGACACAUAAAUGUUCUGGAGCUACAUUCUGUGUUUCUACCUCUCAGGCACUUCUUGCCCCACCUGGAGGGGAAGCAUGUCCUGGUUCGAUUGGACAACACCUCCGUGGUCUACCACAUCAACCAUCAGGGUGGCACCAGGUCGGCACAGCUCCUGAAGGUGGCCAGGGAUCUCCUGAGAUGGGCCUCCCCUCGCCUGUCCACUCUGUGGGCAGUGUACAUACCAGGGCAGGACAACUGGACUGCAGACUCCCUUUCUCGGCAGGCACCUGCUCCAGGAGAGUGGUCUCUCCACAGCGACAUAYUGRYCAUGAUAUGGGAUCUCUACGGUCAGGCAGAAGUAGACCUGUUUGCCACAGAAGAGUCGACUCAUUGCCCUCUAUGGCAUUCCCUUACGGGGGCAUCAAGCGCACUGGGCCAGGACACCUUGGCACGUCCCUGGCCAAGAGUCCUUCUAUGUGCCUUUCCACCACUUUCUCUGAUUUGGGUGACUCUUCAGAGAGUUCUCGAAGAGGGCCACAGAUUGCUGCUGAUAGCUCCAUAUUGGCCAGCACGACCAUGGUUCCCACUUCUAUGGAGUCUGUGCCAAGACACCCCAUGGUGUCUUCCAACCAGGAGGGACCUAUUGUCUCAGUUCGGGGGACUGAUCUGGCACCCCAAUCCUCAAUGCCUCAGGCUGUGGGUGUGGCCACUGGGAGGCUUGAGCAGCAACUGACUGGAUAUUCAGACUCUAUCAGGUACACUAUUUUAAGUGCUAGGGCACAUUCUACUUAUCAGCAAUAUGAAACCAGGUAGAGUUUG